AUGUCCUUGCUUAGAAAUUUCAUAGACGCCCUGUCGCCAAUCACCGCUUACGCAGAGGAGCCUGCCGAAGAGCCUGUUGAAGAAGUGGAAGAGGAGGCUUCCGAGGAACCACAGGAAGAGGAAGCAGGCGGUGACGACGCCGAGGAAGAGGAAGAGGACGACGAGGACGACGAAGAUGAGGACGAUGAGGAUGAAGAGGCCGGCGACCCAAUGGACGCCCUCAGAAAACAAUGUUCCGAAACCAAAGAAUGCGCACAUUAUGUUCACCACUACCAAGAGUGUGUCGAAAGAGUGACUAAAGAGAUGGAGGAGCCAGGAUACGACGAAAAGGAAUACAAGGAAGAUUGCGUGGAGGAAUUCUUCCACCUCCAGCACUGUAUCAACGACUGUGUUGCUCCAAAGUUGUUCUACAAGUUGAAAUAA